AUGGAAUCUACUUGCUUCUUAUAGAAUUCAGACAAUAGGUAACUAGCUUGUUAAUGGGAUAUAGUAGCAAAAAAGAGAGAGAAUUUUUUGAUAGAUGGUGAAGCUGAAGGUGAUGAUGAAAAUGGCUAAGAAGAAGAAGAAUCUAAAUAUUAAAGCAUUGGUGAUUAUGAAAUUGAAGUGAUAGACGACCCAAAUAUUGAUAAAUAUACUCUCUAUGACGUUCUUAUUCCUAUAAUAGGAGGAAAACUUAAAGUCCCUGAAAAUUUUAAUUUAAAUGCUUAUCUCAUUUCAAUUUUAGAAAAGGAUGGUCUUGAUUAAUAAUUGUUUGAAUAAGUUUAAAAGAAAUUUUAUGUAGAAGGAGGUUACAGAUUUUUAAUAUGUUAAGCUGAAGACGUUUAAUACUCUCGAUUAAUAAAUACAAUAAAAAAAACCAGACACUCUUACUCCUUACUACAACCUUUAGCAAGAUUAAUAAGAAGAAAACGGUAAAUAUAGUGCAGAGAAUUAACGAAAAUUUCUUCUGAUUUUGACACCUAAAUGGGUUUAAAUAAAGAGUACUAACACUUAGAAUGA